AGAUCCCGUAGGCAUAUCCACGGAGGCUCCUCCGAAGCAGGUGGCUACAGCGAUGGAAAGGCUGUCGCGCGCUGCCCGCCUCAUUGCGGACAUCAGAAUCGGCGCGGACCGCCUCCUCGAAGCGCUAUUCCUCACAGCGGAGUCUCCUCACCAAUCCAAUAAGACCAUCCACUUUAUCCUCAAAGAAGAGUCUGCAAUGCGUAAGCACUUCCAGGAUCUUCGCUCCCUAGGAAAACAAUUGGAAGACUCUGGAGUUUUGAAUGGAUCUGUUAAAUUACGAGGUAACUCAUGGGGUUUACAUAUGCCCCUUGUUUGUCCGGAUGGUGCUGUUGUAGCGUAUGCAUGGAAACGUCAACUUGCUGGCCAAGCUGGUGCAUCUGCAGUUGAUAGAACCAGGUUAGCUCUCAAGGCAUUCACUGAUCAGAAGAGGCGUUUUUUCCCCCACUUGGAGGAUGAAGCAUUUACACAAUAUACUCAGGGGGAACUAGGCGCUGCUAAAAAACCUCAUAGCUCCCAGGAAUUACUUCCUGGACAUAAAGAUGAACUUAGGGAAGAGAGAACAUUAUCUGACAUAAUUAAUAGCCUACUAGUUGUAGCUCCUGAUGUCAGAAUCUAUACAUAUCAGCGCCUUGACUGGUUGAAGAGAGCUUCUUCAUUAUCAGUAUUGCCUAAUGAUCAUUUGAUUGACUCAUCAAAUGAAUAUAGCUUUCAAAGUAGUUGCAACUCAACAUCCGUUUUAGGAAAUACUGCCUCUCUUUCAGAAGAUCAGGUUGCUGUUAUUGAACUGCUUGCACCUUCUGUCUUCAGAGCUGUAGUUUCAUUGCAUCCGGCAGGAUCCCUGAGCCCUGAUGCAGUAGCAUUUUUCUCCACCAACGAGGGUGGCAGCUAUGUUCAUGCUAGAGGUUUGUCGAUUUUUCAUGUAUUUCGACAUGUUACGGAGCAUGCUGAUAAGGCAUUGCAAUAUUUUGAGAGUAUUAACAUGGAUACCUCGCUAUCGCUUCUUUUGCGCUGGAUCUGCAGCUACCAAACCUUAUUUACAAAAGUCUGCUGUAAAUGUGAGCGAUUAUUGGUGAUGGACGAGUCCUUAGCUUUAAUAUUACCUCCUGUGCGUCGCUCUUAUAGGAAUGCUUCUGCAUCGAAGUAUUGCCGAAACCAGUUGGCUUCAUCUGAUAUGGGCUAUGGUUGUGAUUUUGUCUUUGCCUACCAUAUUGGGUGCUCUGUUGAUGAUUCAUGAUGCUGCUCGGAUGCUUAAUCCUUUCACAAAUUUUGUUCAGCUUGUUUCUUGACUGCAAAUUUCACAAAAAGAUUAAUGGCCAGAAUUCCACAACGUUCAUUUCAGGUGCUGUUGUAAAAGACUGAUGGCAUCAUCCCAUUGGUUAUUGCCCGGAACUCUAUCUAUAUCUCUAUUAUUUCUUUACUUAAUUUGUCAUGGUCUUCUAAAGGAAGAUUCUACACUUGCUUAUAUCUCAACGGUGGAAUUGGCAAUAUCAUGAGGCUAACAUCCUGACCAAGCCAGCGAGCCAAACUUUCAGGUAAAGGGCCACAGACUUUGUCCCAACGCUUCAUUAAAGUCCAAAUUGUCUUCAGAUGCUUAAUCUUAAACAAAUAAUAGGAUAGGAACAUUGUUAAGAUAUAGCUUCAGUUAUCUACAUUUUAUCUUUUUUUUUAUAUUUCUCUCAAUAUCCUCUUUGGUAGAUGCAGUAAAACUAAAUUAUUUAGGAAAAAGCGGUUCAUAAUAUAGACAAUGUGAUUAUAAUAAGAAUUUU